CCUGCGAAUCUACAUUCUAGAGCCACCCGUGCCCGCGUUGACGGCAUCCGGUGACGAAGAGGACUUGAGGAAGAAGAAACGACGAAGGAGAACGCCACGAAGACGAAAAGGCCGUUAUGACCAGAAGCCGAUCGGAAAUUUAGCGGUAGGGUCGGAAGGAAACCCUAAGUUCCUCUUGUCAUGGCGUCCGAGCCUCUGCAGUUUCCACCUCCCGAUCAUGACUUCCUGUCUGAUAUCCCUCUCGAUCUCGAAUUCCCGGAGUCUCUGGUGCAGGAGCUAGGGUUCGAAGGCGACGGCUUCGAUUUCGAUUUGGACGACCUGAUUUUGCCUCCCGACGCUGAUCUAGAGUUGUUGGCGAACGGUUUCCCUUCGUCAUGGCUGAAUUCCGGUGAUUCCGAGCGCUCGGACUCUAAUCCCCCUGUUUCGGGCGAGGGGGCGGAUGCCGGCGCGUAUGAUGGAUCGCGAUCUGGUGUUUCUGUGGCGGAGUGUCGUCCUCCGGCUUCGGAUCUUGGUGGAUUAUCGGAAGCCGUGGUUUUUAAGUCGGAGAACUUCUCGCUGUCGCCGGAAUCAGGCUGUUCCAGUGCUGGAAGCAUCUCUGCGGAUUUUUGUGAUGGGUUGCAGAACGAGGCCUUCAAAACAGGCAAUAAUUCGUGUUGUUCACAGGAAAUAUCCCAUGAUGAAGGCAAUCGAAGCUUCAUCGACUCAGCGGAGUCUGGUUCUCCGCUGGAGAGGGAGGCUGAUAGGAGUGUUAUGAAAAGAAAGAGGGAGGAACGCGAUUGUCUGACUUGGUGCUCUGGAGUCAAAUUACAGAGGCCAGAUUGCUGCGAGGGAGCGGAUUGUUCUGAUGUCGUCCGACCGGUUAAGGAGGAGGAGGACAAGAGGACGGCGAGGCUCGUGCGCAACAGAGAGAGCGCUCAACUGUCGCGUCAACGGAAGAAGCAGUAUGUGGAGGAGCUAGAAAGCAAGGUCAGGUCUAUGAGUUCUACAAUCGCAGAACUAAACAAUAGGAUUGCUUGUAUUGCGGCUGAAAAUGCUAGCCUACGCCAACAACUGGUAUCUUCAUGCUCGCAACCGAACGCUUACCCACUACCUCAAAUGACCCCCAUGGGCUUCCCCUGGGUUCCCUAUCCUUAUGCUUUGAAUCCUCAAAAUGGAAUUGCUUUCGCUCCUGGAUCGCAAGUUCCGCUUGUUCCUAUUCCUAAGCUGAAGACGCAGCAGCCGGCAUCGGCGCCUAAGGUGAAGAAGCCGUCUCCUAAGGCGAACUCUAACGAAGGUCCAAAGAAGUCUGGAAAAGCUACUAAGAAGGUUGCAAGCGUGACCUUCAUAUGCUUCUUGAUCUUCUUGAUGUAUUUCGGGAACCUUUACUCUGUUUUCAACUUCAUGUACGGAGGAAACAGCGAUAACAUUCGAAGUAGAUCAGGUUAUGUUGAAUCGGAGUUCGAAGGUAUCUUGAAAGAGAGAGUCCAGGCAGAUGUUGGUUAUGUCAAUGGUAUUUGGAGGGCAAGUGAAGGUAGGCUCGAUCCAUGGGGACCUGACGUGAAUUGCAGUUCGCUGCCUUUUUACGGCUCGGAGACGCAUGUUCGUCAUGGAAAUACCAGUGACUCAUUGGUUGCGUCCUUAUAUAUACCAAGGAAUAACAAGCUUGUUCGGAUUGAUGGGCAUUUGAUAAUUCAGUCUGUUGUCGCCAGCGAGAGAUCCAUGGAGUAUUUAAAGACUAGGCCCAAUGAAGCUUUUGGAAAAAAUGCUGGAUCUGCUGAUGUGGAAACCGAAAAGACCGGAUUGGCAAACAUGAAAGAUGUCCAAUCGACAUUGCCUGUUCCUUUGAGGGGAAAGGAGAUAGAGGGAGUUUCUCACUUUUAUAGAGGUCCUGCUGAACGUCAGAGAGCUCUGGCCUCUGGUUCCCGGGAUAAUUUUGUGGAGGGCCACCGUACUUCUUCAGCAUGUGAUGGACCCCUACAGAAGUGGUUCAGUGAAGGAAUUGCAGGGCCAUUUAUAAGAUCGGGCAUGUGCACGGAGGUUUUCCGUUUCGAAGUCUCUCCAACAACCACCAAAGACCAAACCACAAUUAUCCCGUCCGGGUCAUCCAGAGCGGGAAAUUCGUCCACUCACCAAAGUUCCAACCUCACCAGUUCUGGCAUGAUAAGGAACAGAAGAUUCCUCUACCCAACAGCUAUACCUCUUCCGGGCAAAACCCUCCAUAAUACCACUUCAGAUUACUCAAGGGAUACUGCCGGCAAUAAAAAAGGCACGUUUGCAGACAGUAAUGCGGUUUCCUCAUCCAUGGUGGUGUCUGUACUGUUGGAUCCAAGAGAGACGGGGGACAGCAGCAAUGUGUUAUCGUCGCCGAAGUCUUUGUCUCGGAUUCUUGUCGUCGUGCUUGUGGACAGCGUCAAAUAUGUCACUUAUUCAUGUAUGCUUCCUUUUAAGAGCUCGUCCCCACACUUAUGAUCGUCUGGGCUGCAGUGUUGGAGCCACAUUAUGGUGCCCACACCAUGUUUGUUUUUACAUUAAUGCUUUGAUAUAUUUGAUUGUUUACAUAUAUAGGUGCUUUUAAAAGCAUUAAAAUUAUUGAAUUAGUAUCCCUCCAGCGAAAAUUUCUCCGCUGGUGCUA